UGUCAUCGCAAUUCGCAUAGAUAUUAAGGAUUAUAUACUUUUCUUUUUCUGUAUUAAAAAAUAAAAAUGAAAUUUCUAUAUUAGGAUUAGGAAUAUUUUUUACUAUUAAAAGUUAUGGGCCAUAAAAGAGCCCACCGAUCCAAAAUAAGUCAAUGCGGCCCAAAUUUCUCAGCUCAUUAAAAUUAGGGUUUCAGAAGUCAGCUUUAUCGAGACGAGCUACCCGUUUCCCAUUCUCAUUUCGACUCUCCCUCCUCCGCAUCUCCGCCGCCCUCCUCUAGCUGAGAAAGGUCAACAAUGGCGAAAUCGAAGAAUCACACAGCGCACAACCAGUCGCACAAGGCUCACCGUAAUGGAAUCAAGAAGCCGAAGCGACAGCGUAACAGCUCCACCAAAGGGAUGGACCCCAAGUUCUUGAGGAACCAGAGGUACGCCAGGAAGCACAUGAAGCAGAGCGGCGAUGCUGAAAGCGAAGAGUAGAUUUUUAUUUCGUAUUUGGGCAAAAAAAAAUUAUGUUUUUGUUAUUCUAUACAGUGUUUUGAGACUCUCCAAUGAUGUUCGCUUUGAUUUUGAGCUGAAUUCAGUACUGUUAUUGUUAUGUUAUCCAUCUUAUUUUGAGAUUAUUUUA